GCAGCAUUUUCCACCGUUCACCUCCAUCAUGGGACUGUCGCUGAAAUAAUCUCAGCAGCUCUCCAUACAGUCUUGAAAUGUGUUCAAACAGCGCCUCUGAGGAGGCGGACUGCGUCGCUGUCACAGUUUAACACGCCUCUCCGGUUUGAAGGCUUUAAAACUGACUUCCUGUCACCUCCUGCCUGCUGCUGCCGUGCCGUCUCUUUAACUGAAGGGGUCGCGGCGGAUCCUCCGCUCGCUCAUCAGGCUCCAUUCAUGAAUAAGACAACAUUUGGAGGGGGGAAACUAGCGCUGUCGUAUCUGAUUUUUCGCUCCGCGGACCGGAUGCGAGGGGCAGGCAGCAGCCUGAUGUGUUCGCCGCUGUCGGGGACGCGGCUGAGCGCGCAGGAGUGACUUCCCCCCGGCCGAGCCCCCCGCUGACGGUUGUGACUUCAUGCUGCGAGCCGUCAGCAGCCGGAGGAGGCGGAGGAGGCAGCAGCUCGUUCCAGCUCACAGUCAAAACAUGCUCGUUGCCUCGCAGAGUUUCGUGAUAUUUACGUGCUUCCGUCCAGACCGAGUCACUCUGGGUUAAAGAGCUCAUUGGUUCCGUCUUCCUUUUUUCCCCCCACUUCUUUUUUAUCCGCUCAUAAAUGAAAACGCGCCAGCGGAGCUGUGGACCUGACCUACCGAUGGGGCAGUGAGUUAUGGCAGCGAAGGAGGACCUGUACGCCAAAGUGACACCGCGAAGGCAGCGCCAGAACCGACCCAACACCAUCAAACAUGGCUCUACUUUGGACGUGCUGCUGUCCAUGGGCUUCCCCAGGAUCAGGGCGUUGACAGCUCUGGUUUCGACUGGAGGGAAAAACGUCCAGGCGGCUUGCGACUGGCUGUUCUCCCAUUUGGACGACCCUUUCCUGGAUGAGCCUCUGCCCAGAGAGUAUGUGUUGUACCUGCGGCCCAGCGGACCUCUGCUCCAGCAGCUCACUCACUUCUGGAAGCAGUCCCGCCUCACCUGCGGGAAGAACAAGGCCCACAACAUCUUCCCUCACAUCACCCUCUGCCAGUUCUUCAUGUGUGCUGAUGAGAAGGUAGAGGCUCUGACUGACGCCCUGCAGACCACCGUGGCCAAAUGGAAAGGUCGCAUCCCCAUGCCUCUGCCUCUGGAGCUCUACAUUUCCUCCAGCUUCAUCGGGCUUUUUGUGGAAGAGCAGAUGGCCGAGGUUCUGAAGAGCUUCGCUGCUGACUUUGCAACCGAGGCGACAUCUAAAGCAGGUGUGCAAGUUGAGCCCCAUAAGAAGCAGCUCCAUGUCACUAUGGCGUACCAUUUUAACGCCAGUCAUCUUCCAGUUCUGGAGAAGUUGGCUAAAAGUAUAGAGGUGACCGCAGGCUGUGAUUGGCUGGCUGUGCUCCUCUCCAGAGAUAUUCGCUUUGCUAACCACGAGACGCUUCAAGUCAUGUACCCGUAUGUGCCUCAGAACGACGACGAGCUGGAGCUGCUGCAGGGAGACUUCAUCUUCAUGUCUCCAGUGGAACAGAGCACAGCCAGCGAGGGCUGGCUGUUCGGCACUUCGCUGGGCACCGGGUUGUCCGGCCUGCUGCCUGAGAACUAUGUGAGCCGUGCCGAUGAGUCAGACACAUGGGUUGUUCAUGGGUCUCACUCCUUUCUCAACUGUGUCUCUCCAUCUACCUCUGGUAGCCCCAUGGGGGGGCUUUUAUUUGAUGGACAGCUAAAUGACAGUCUGCUUGACAGUCUUAUGGAUCCUUCCAGCCUCACUGGCCUCCUUCCACCUAUGCAGAUAUCGAGGGCGACCGCUCACUCCUCCUCGCCCAAGAUGAGGCUGUUUGUGUGUCGCCAUGGCGAGAGGAUGGACGUGGUGUUCGGCAAACACUGGGUGACCCAGUGUUUUGAUUCCAAAGGUGGAUACAUUCGUUCCAAUCUGAACAUGCCGUGCAGCCUCCCAAGCAGGAGUGGAGGUCAUCGGGACUAUGAAAAAGACUGUCCGAUCACUGUGUUUGGCUCCACACAGGCCCGUCUAGUAGGUGAAGCCCUGUUGGAAAGCCACACAACAAUAGACUUUGUUUACUGCUCUCCUUCUCUCCGCUGCAUCCAGACUGCUCAGCACAUCCUCCAAGGUCUCCAGCUGGAGGCCAAGACAAAAAUCCGCGUGGAGCCCGGUUUAUUUGAAUGGACCAAAUGGGUUUCUGGCACCAGCCUCCCGGCUUGGAUCCCACCAUCUGACCUAGUGGCCGCAAACCUGAGUGUGGACACAACAUACAAACCUCAUUAUCCUGUAAGCAAACUGACCGUGGCGGAGUCCUACGAUACCUACAUCAGCAGGAGCUUCCAAGUGACCAGAGAGAUUCUGACAGAGUGCAAAAGUCUGGGAAGCACAGUCCUGAUUGUGGCCCAUGCUUCCUCCCUGGAGGCCUGCACUCGCCAAAUACAGGGCCUCAGUCCCCAAAACUCAAAGGACUUUGUCCAAGUUGUCCGAAAGAUUCCCUACUUGGGUUUUUGUGCUUGUGAAGAAUUGGGAGAGACAGGCGUGUGGCAGCUGGUCGACCCACCCAUCUUGCCUCUGACACAUGGACCCAAUCACAGUUUCAACUGGAGGGAAAUGCUAAUGCAAGACUGAAGGAUAUGCUGUUAGACUCCCUACAUUUUGUCAGCUUAAACUGCUGAAACAUUAUUUAUUUUUUUUCCUUUUACAAUUCUAGAAUUCCACCCAAACUACCAAAAGGACAAAGAGAAACACAGAGUGGCUUCCAAUGAAAGACAUUAUG